AUGUCACCCACCAGAGACCCAUACCCAUACCCACGUUAUGAAAAUGAAAACACCUACAGGGUGAAAGAAGUGCAGAAUGUGACCUACAGGAAACCCACUCACUUGGCACAACAGGAAGACCCGUGGUAUCGUCUAAAUGCCACCCCAACUCUGUCUAGUGCCAGGAGGGAGGUGUAUUACCAUGAUCCAGAGGCACCAUCUGAUAGUCUGGAUUUUCAUCUUAAAACAUUGUAUAAUCAUCACGAGGGCCUCCUCAAAGACCGCAAUGAGACUUUGUUUCAAAGAGAGACCUACACAGAGAACCAUGGGAGAAUUUUGAAGAAUAGAAAAAAGGAACCUUUGCCUCUUGAGGAUGAGAAAACAAGAAUACGAGAGUGGGUGUGUCCUCAGCGCAUCAGCAUUCAUAGCAUUAAUGGAGCCAUAAUGAGUCAUCACUCAGCCACCACCAACAGGGGCUACUCCCGCAAAAAAGAUGGAGGAUACUACAGCAUCUAA